CGGCGGCGGCCGAGGCCGAGACCGAGGCGGCGGAGGCUGAGGCGAAGGCGUCGGCUCCUUACCCGGUGACGGUGCUACGCCGGACCCCCUUCCGGGCCCCAUGGAGGCGGCAGCGGGCGGGGGCUGCGGCUCCGGGCCGCCGCUGCUACUGAGCGAGGGCGAGCAGCAGUGCUACUCCGAGCUCUUCGCGCGUUGCGCCGGCGCCGCAGGCGGGGGCCCCGGGUCCGGGCCCCCUGAGGCCGCCAGGGCCGUCCCGGGAGCGGUCACCGCAGCCGCGGGCCCCGUGGCCGACCUGUUCCGGGCGUCGCAGCUGCCCGCCGAGACGUUGCACCAGAUCACAGAACUGUGUGGUGCAAAGCGGGUUGGUUAUUUUGGUCCAACACAGUUUUACAUUGCCUUAAAACUGAUUGCUGCAGCACAGUCUGGCCUUCCUGUACGGAUCGAGAGUCUUAAAUGUGAACUGCCGCUGCCUCGCUUUAUGAUGUCAAAGACUGAUGCUGAUACACGAUUCGGGAACCCGGCGGAACUGCAUGGCGCUAAGGUUCAGAUUCCAUAUUUAAUCACAGAAAAAAAUACCUUCAAAAGAAUGGACGAUGAGGAUAAACAGCAGGAAACACAGUCUCCCACGAUGUCACCCCUCGCCUCCCCUCCUUCUUCCCCGCCUCAUUACCAGAGGGUGCCCUUGAGCCAUGGCUACAGCAAACUGCGGAGCAGCACAGAGCAGAUGCAUCCAGCUCCUUAUGAAGCUAGACAGCCCCUUGUCCAGCCUGAAGGACCCUCGUCGGGGGCUGCAGGAGCCAAGCCCCCUCGGCAUCAGGCUUCCCUUAUUCGGUCCUUUUCCGUGGAGAGAGAACCACAUGAUAACAACAGUAAUUACCCAGAUGAACCCUGGCGGAUAACAGAAGAACAGCGAGAGUACUAUGUCAAUCAGUUCCGAUCCCUUCAGCCUGACCCGAGUUCCUUCAUUUCAGGUUCGGUGGCCAAGAACUUCUUCACCAAAUCAAAGCUUUCCAUUCCAGAACUCUCCUACAUAUGGGAACUUAGUGAUGCUGACUGCGAUGGAGCCCUGACCCUGCCUGAGUUCUGUGCUGCGUUUCAUCUCAUUGUGGCUCGGAAAAACGGUUACCCACUACCUGAGGGCCUGCCUCCGACUCUGCAGCCAGAGUACCUGCAAGCAGCCUUUCCUAAGCCCAAGCGGGAGUGCACGCUGUUUGAUUCUUAUUCUGAGUCAAUGCCUGCGAACCAACAACCCCGUGACUUGAAUCGGAUGGAGAAGCUAUCUAUUAAAGACAUGGCUGACUUUCCUGUCCCAGCCCAAGAUGUGACUAGUGAUGACAAACAAGAACAAAACAAAACACGUCUAGAACAAAACAAAAUACGUCUAGCUUUGAAAAGUACUGUGGAUGAAGCCUUACCAAAGGAUAUGUCUGAGGAUCCAGCCACUUCUAAGGAUUCCAACAGUCUCAAAGCAAGACCAAGAUCCAGAUCUUACUCUAGCACCUCCAUAGAAGAGGCCAUGAAAAGGGGCGAGGACCCUCCUACCCCGCCACCGCGGCCACAGAAAACCCAUUCCAGAGCCUCCUCCUUGGAUCUGAAUAAAGUCUUCCAGCCCAGUGUGCCAGCUACUAAGUCAGGAUUGUUACCUCCACCACCUGCGCUCCCUCCAAGACCUUGCCCAUCACAGAUUUCCCAUCACAAUGUAAACAGUGAGUGCAGUGCUCAGCCCAGGCCUCCAACUCAGCUGCCUAACUAUGGAGAUUUCAGACUACAGAAACAGUCUGAACAAGCAUCUGAGGCUGAAAUACACCCCCAGCUGAACAGAGCCCCCUCUCAAGCUGCAGACAGUAGUCCAACAAAGAAGGACAUACCAUAUUCUCAGCCUCCAUCAAAGCCCAUCCGAAGGAAAUUCCGACCUGAAAACCCAGCUCCAGAAAACCAAGAGCCUUCUAGCACUGUUGGCGGGCCAGCGUCGGCAGUGACCGGGAAACCCCACACGGCAGUUCAAAAACAGUCUUCCAAACAGAAGAAGGCUAUUCAAACUGCUAUCCGCAAAAAUAAAGAGGCAAAUGCAGUGCUGGCCCGGCUGAACAGUGAACUUCAACAGCAGCUCAAGGAGGUUCAUCAAGAACGGAUUGCAUUGGAAAACCAAUUGGAACAACUUCGUCCAGUCACUGUGUUGUAACCCCCAAGACUCAAGUAACAGUGGGUGACUUUUUCUGCCAAGAUCUUUCCUUUGAAUGUUUCAACCCAACUACUUGUCAUAGAUGUCCAGGACUGUGAAAAGCUGCGAGCAGCGGAAUAUAAUCCAUAUUUCCUUUUCUCUUGUAUUUCACUUGUACGUUUUACUUUGGUGGAAAAAAUACAGCUGAUUCUUACACUUGAAAUUGUAAUUUCAGUGGAGUUUAUCUCCCAUUCUUAAGUACUUCCUCAAGUUGUUAGAUGUUGCUCCUUACCAAAAACCAAUCUUCUAGCAACUAAAAACAAUUUAGAGCAUUAUUUAUUUAAAGAAUUUAUGAUUUGUAUAAAACCUCAUAACCUAGUACCUUCAGGAUGCUUGUUUUAUUUUUGUAUAUAUCAAAUAUAGUAGGUUGGUUUCCUGAAUAAUCGGGAUUCCAACUGGAUAGUCUUUGGCAUGAUGAUAAUAAAAGCAAAAACUAAAACAAGAGCAUCAGAUUUAGACAGGCGCCGUGCCCUCCGCCACCAUAUGCCAAAAAUUGCUUCUCUAGUGCCAUUGCCAUUUUGACAUUGUACCUAGCUAUAAAUAAUACAUAACUAUUGUUUUCUGUUGAAUGGCAGAGAUUUAUUGGGUCUUUGCACCUCUGUAAAGUGGAAGUUUUGUCAAUGAUCUAUUUAACUUGGCCCAGUUAGGCCAUCAACUCACAGAAUUCAGUCCUUUCAUGUAAAUUUUUGGGUAAGAGCAAUCCACUUUAACCGCCUCACUCAAUCAAAUUAAAUAAAUAGUUGCCAGAUCGCUGCUUUUAUCCUGCAUGGGAUAACAUGUUUCUAAAUGCAUGAAUUUGGAAACCACACAUCAGAUGUGAAAGGCUGAAGAGACUGUUUGGACUGUUAAAUAUUUGUUGCUUGAACCCAGGUAUCCACCCUGGAGAAGAAGGGGAAAUGGUUGUUACCAGCAAUCCAACAACUCUGGUAGUUAUUUUUGUCUUUGUUAUUUUAACCUGGAUUGUGAUUGUAUUGAGUAUGAAGGACUAAUGAAAGAAAACCGAUCUUCACUCUGUAUAUAAAAGUGUUUGUUCUCUGUGAAGUGUACCCUUGGGAAGUGAUUGGUUUAUGUACCGUCCAGCGGAGCCCAGCUGACUCCAGUGUAUGUGAUGUAAAACCAUGAGCUCAAAUUGCCGAAGCCAGUAUCCUAUGGAAGUUUUGAUCAUCCACUCCUCCUGAAAGCUCAAGUUGAAAGUGGGAAGUGACUGACCCCCAGAGGGAUCAGGGCACGCCCGCUUUCACAUCACUUUGAGAGACUGAUUACAGGAAAUGCUCGCUCUCUCUCUCUCUCUCUCUCUCUCUCUCUCUCUCUCUCGUGCAUUUUGCUAAUUUACCCAUUCUUAGAGUAGAGGUGUGGGGUGUGCCUCGGUUCUUUUUGAGGUGGUUUAGGAUAGGUUUGCAGUGUGGGAUUAAGCCUUCAGUUUCAGUAGAGUUGACAGCUUUUAGAAUAAGGAGGUGUUUAUUUAAUGCUUCCUUAUUUUAUUUGCAAGCUUUAUCAAUAGCUUAAUGGCAGAAGAGAAAGGCUCAAUCAGAUGAUGUUUUCCCAAAGAAAAACAAAUUGUUGAUUCUAUCCUGUGCAUGUGAAAAGAUUUUGAUUUGAUUUUGAAAAUCCUAGAACUUAAACUAUUUCUCUAUUCUCCCUUUCCUUCCCUUUUGGUUGCCUUUUCUGUCCCUCUGGGAGGGGUUUGGAGUCAUUUUAAACCCUUCCUAAGAUUAUGAAUGGGUGGUGCAGAUUUUUGACAUAACCUCUUUUCCAGUGUCCUGAGAUCAGCAGUGUUCUUGCUGCAGACAUUCCACAGCAUGCUUAGCUUUUGUUACAUUCCACCCGGGAAAGAACAGCGUGUGCGCUCCAUCUCCUCAUCUUCCAGUACCUGUGCGCUCCCUCGAGAUAGCACUGCAUGUCCAGUAAGGAGGCAUACGAGCUCAGGAAUGUUAGUCUUUAGUAUACAUUUAAAAAAUAUUGAUAUGUUUUCCCCCCAUCAAGUCAGUGCCAGAGUGAGACAAAUUAGGAGGUUGGGGUUUUGUUUAGCUGGCUUGGUUUUCACUAAAGGACCAAACUCACAUUGGACAGUUAAAGUCCCAUGAGUUGCAUAGUUUCACUGAUAUUUUAAGAUGAGCAUUACAUUAAAGCACACAUCAUUGUCUAUACCCAGCUUUCUUUUUUUUUACAUUUUUAAAUUUUAUUGUUAUGUUAAUCACCAUACAUUACAUCAUUAGUUUUUGAUGUAGUGAUCCAUGAUUCGUUGUUUACGUAUAAUAUCCAGUGCUCCAUGCAAUAUGUGCCCUCCUUGACUGCACUUAACAGUGACCAUAGUGUAUUAGUUGCUUAGAAGUGGGUUAAAAAAAAACCCAAUAUACACUAUUAUUAUUACCUGACUAGUGCUCUUCUUCCAUGUCUCUGUUUUCUCAGAAUGUGCACUUUUAAUUUAGGAUUAUAGCUCCUGUUAAUGUUUCUGUGAGCCUUCAGUGUGAUUUACAGGAAGGCUGGGUUAUGGAAAUCACCAUUAUACCUCUUCUAUAAAACUUCUCCAAAAUUAGACCCACUUGUUGGGCAGAAUUCAGUGGACAGAAUGUCGAUGUUGCCCCCAUCCAUGGGGGUUUCAUAAGCUUGUUGUUAAGUGGUCUUCCUCCAAAGGGGUCCUAUAGUCCCAUGAUGAAAGCACAGUAGGGAUUGAUAGCAGGCUAAUGGGGUACCUCGGUGUCUCUUGUAAGUGGUGUAUUACUUCUGCCACAUCCCUGUCCAGCAGACAUGAAGUACAACCAAGAGGUAGAUAAUCUGGAAUGGAGGUGCAUGUUGUAAUCAAGGCAGAUACUUGCACUUGUUUCAGUUGGUAAGAUCAAACUGCUUUAUAAAUACUAGAGAAGUGCUUUGGGCCUGAUUGGGAGGGGAGACAUCUUAGCUGGAAGCUAUGCCCAUUUUCCCCUCCUUGGAGAAGAGGAUGUCAGAGCUGAGAGCACUUGUACCCGUCCCCUGCAGUUUGCUUGUGGGGAAACCAAGGCCAUCAGAAACUACGUUUUCUAGCCCCAGAAUCUUUAGAGAGAUAACUAGUGGCAGAGUUGGAAUGCCAGCUGAUCUUACAGAUUCUGAGUCAAGUCGUCGAGCCUCUAGCAAUACUAAAAAUAGAUUAGGAGGGUUUCUUCUGUUUACCAUGUUGUUUUAUUUACUUAGUCUUCAAGUAUGAAAACAUGUUUCAGUGAGUUUUAGAUCUAGAUAUUUCUCUUGGAUUGAAGCAAAAAAUAAAAUCUGAAGGGAAGAAUAUGAUUGCACUAUUUGUUCUUCUGAACACCUCACCUUUCAUGAUGCAAUAAAUUACUCCAAGUUUCUUGGCAGAACUUUUGACAGUUGUUGCUUUGAAUGGAUUCCAUUCUUGGAUUCCUUAUGGGGGUUUGUUUUUCAAAUAGACUACUGCGAUGGAAAUGAACUCAAUAUGUAGUAAGUUUCAGUUUUCUUCGAUAUAUCUUUAGUUAUGUGGGUUGCAAAUUUUCGAUUUCAGCAUAUUCCGGGGGGAGUAAUCAAAAACAUGCAUUUUUCUUUGAUUUCCUACCAGUGUCUGAACUAUCAUAAAGCAUUCUUCUCUUAAUAUGUGACUUGAUUCUAUAGUCUCUUUAUAAAUGAUAAUUUGUCUAUUUCUUAAAUGAUCUCUCAACCAUGGUAAUAAUAGAUUUGUACGCAGAAGAUUAAUAAGAAAAUCAUCUGGAAUGGGUGUUUUUCUUGCAAUUAAGACAGGCAUUUGCAAAUGUCUUCUUCUAAGCAGUAGUUGGAAAGAUCUCAGUUACAGUAUAACACCUUACAGCUGAAAACAUUUGUUCAACACAAACUACAAUCACACCUCCUGACUAAACAUCACAAAAAGAAUGUGAUUUUGAAAGUAUAAAAAAAAAAAGAAUUCCCAAUAUCAUAGCAACCAGAUCUUCCCAUAUUAUUGACAAGUAAGACUUAGUAGCUUGUGGUUUAAACAUUAUGAACAAAAUGUAAUAUCAGUUAGAAAAAGGAAGGUCUUUUUCUCCUCUAGUUAAAUAAAUAGAACACUAGUGACUUUGGUUUCUCUUUUCAACUGGCUUAUUCUGUUGCAGGUGUACUCUUUUGAAAACUCUGAUUUCAAAGGAUCUCUUGAAUUUACACUUUAGUGAUGGGUGUUUUGUUAUGUUCUUUUUUUGCAUCAUGACUUAGUGUAGUUCAAGUUCCUAGUAGAAGUGGGAAUUUGGGUUUUUGGAAUUCUGAGGUGGCAUCUCCUCUCAGCACAGGCUGAAGGCUACUGCCCAGCAAUGCCAACAGUUCAGUCACUGAUGGCAGUUUGCAUGUGAGUCUUACUCUGCACGCCACCCUACUUUGCCUGUUUGCAGUGAGAAAUGCAUCUAGUUUUGUGACCCUCCCUAGAGCAGCCAGCCAUAAGAACAGACAUGGAGGACCAGACUUUAAAAGCAGCACAGAGUCUAAGAGUUGCUGCCUUCCUCAAAAAUAGGCGUUCAGAGGUUGCCUUACAGGUGUUCCCUGAAACAGCCAGUCUGUUAGUGUGAGCAAGAGAUGCCGAGUACACAAUUGCUUUUAGGCUUAGAUAGUUAUUGUCUACAUUUGCUAAGCUACGUGAUGAUAAAGGCAGGGUUUCAACUGAGAGGACUUGUUCUAGUUACAGAAGCCUUGCUCUGUUCUUAACAAUUGGAAAAUGUUUAUUUUUUUGUGUUUUGUGAGUUCUCCUGUCUUGCUCUAAUUUAAGUUCAUGACCGUGGGAAGUUGGAGAAAAUGGGCUUAAGACUCAGAAGACCAGAGGACAAGGGACUUUCAAGAGGGCUUGUAUUAGAAUUUGAGGGCCGCACUAGGGAAAUUCAGCAACCAGUUCCGUCCCACUAAAGUACUCUGUUGGACGACAGGACUGGAUCCUAAAGGUCCUUCGCGGAGCUCUGCCCUCAGAGUGGUGCAGCUGAUGCAAGCACCCUGUCGUAUGGCGACUGAAUCAGCUGAGUUUUGUUGUUUUUGUUUUGUCUCAAGGCAACUUAUAUGAGGACUUCACCUGUACCUAUCUUGGGAACCGGGUGUACCCUUUUCUUUAGCACACCAUUCUUUUUGUCUUCAGCGCAAAUACGAUGUUCAAGAAAGCCAGAGGCGGGAGGGGCCAUUCCAGGCUUUAUUCCAGUGGGUGGGCCCGGAGAGAGGAUGAGCUGAUGGUCUAUUUUAACCUUGAGAGUAAAAGUGUAUAUUUUUUCACUACAGGUACAUUGAACAGUAAAAUGAGUAACAGCAAAGUAUAUAUUUGAUGCCUUCUCUCUUUUCAUACUGUGCUAACAAGUUGUGUUAAUAUUUUAAUUAGCCAGAGUCUUAUUCAUUUGCUAGGCCUUGGGAACAUUAUGUAUAUUGAUCUUAAACAUAAAUAAAUAUAGGGUAACCUAUAUUUGGAUUGUGACUUGUAGACUCUAACCUUACUGCCUCUUUUUCACACUUGUUGGAAAGUUUGUGAAGAACAUAAUAGGUUAAAAAUCUCCAACUUUGGAAAAUGUACAUGAUGUGAAACUGGGGUGCUAUGUUAAAAAUAAAUGUAUGACAACUAAG